AUGGGAAAUUGCCUCUUCAAAGGCUCCACGACGACCCUCGACGGAAUCGGCCUCCGACCUAUGCCAGCGGAACGGCCGAAGACGCUAAGAAAGUUGAAGUCUGUGUACGACGCGUCACCCACAGAGCAAGUUAACGUCACCAGUAACAACAGCAGCAAUGGACAGGUGGAUCGAGGGUUCAAUGGAACAGAAGAUGAAGUCAGACGGAGAAGCAACACGACCAGUUCCACACAUAGUGGUGACAAGUCUCUGUCUAUACUCAGCCCAUUUGACGAGCAGGAGGAAUGGGCGAAGAUCUCCGAAAUUAUGGCGUCCUUCGGCAGCAAGUUAGUACGUGAGUCGGUCUUCGUAUCGGAGUUGGAGCAGGAAUUCACAAAUCGACUUGGCCUAAGCUGUUCGGAGUCCAGUCUGAGUCCCUCAGUGGCGUCCACCCUUGGACUCUGGCUGUCUGGAUUGGGACUGCACGAUUAUGAACCAUUGUUUAUUGACAGUGGUUAUGAUGAUAUCGAGUUUAUUAACGGUAUCCUCGACGAAAACGACCUGCGAGAAAUGGGCAUAGAAGAGAACGACAGACAGAAAAUUCUAGAAUCAUCCAAACAGUUACCUCUUAAGAUUACAGAAAUAAGCAAUAACCAUAACAAUAAUGUAAUUAAGAACCAAUACGGUUCUGUCGAUGAAUGGCUGCGAAAUAUUAACUUGGAGCAAUAUAGUGAAACGUUUAGGAAGCAUUUGUACGUAGACAUGGAUAGAGUUAGGAGGAUAUGGGAGGUGGAAUUAACGGCUGUCCUGGAGAUUAAUAAGCCGGGGCACAGAAAGAGGAUCCUGUGUUCUGUAUCCGGGGAACACAACGGCCCUGCUAAUAACAUCGAAGAUAUUAACGCUGAUCUCAAUAAUUUGAAAAAUAAUAUUCAACAGCUUAAAGAGGAAAUCAAAGAAAAGUUGCCGCCUUCGGAGAACUUGAAGCCCGUGCCGCCCCCCGUAGUACCAAGCCUUGCGCCACCUGGUGGUGAAACGUUGAAACGUAGUAAAAAGAACAGGCCCGCUCCUCAGCCUCCCAGGCCUUCGGAUCUGGAGAUCAGGGCGCCUUCAGAGCUGCUAGUAGGGGUACCGGGAGCUCUGAAAACACAGUGGAAGCAUCAGCCAUUUGUGUUGGUAACUGGUGCAGUUACUUAUGUAGCUAAUUACUUAGGAUCUACAGUUGUAAAGGAACUGCGCGGGACCGAGUCCACAAAGAAAUCAAUACAAAAGCUUAAGAAAACUACCAAAGAACCCAGAGAUUCGCCAGACAUCAUCUUGUCGAUUAGCUAUCGUGGUGUCAAGUUCCUAAAUACUAUUACACGGGAGUUGGUCUGCGAACACGAAAUACGCAAUAUCCACUGCGCCUGUCAGGACGCGGAUGAUCUGACGCAUUUCGCGUACAUCACCAAGGACCACACAACCAAGAGUCACUACUGUCAUGUCUUCAGAGUUGCUACCAUGGAUCAAGCGACUGAGGUGAUCCUAACUCUCGGUGAAGCAUUCGAAGUGGCUUAUCAGAUGGCGCUGAGGGAACAGGCGAAUAAAAGCAAAGUGACCCAAUCCGUAUCGAAGACGCCGACCCACGACGCCAAAGAAAAACUCAACCACGGCAGAUCACAUUCCAUAACCGAGAUCAAGCUAAACGGGCAUCAGCUCAAAGUAGCACCCAUCCCCGUCUCUCUAUCCAACGAAGACUUUCAAAAAGAAGGCUCUAGAAGUCCAAGAACUCCGCUGCUAAAAGCGCCGAUAGCAUCUACCGAAGAAUUGUGA